UAUUUAUUUUUCCUACCUUUUUUAAACUUACUGGCAUCGCCGUUAAUUGACCGAUAUAACUAUCGAUAUCCGCCGACUGUCAACUUUGACAGCUGUUUUAAGGUUAUACUGCGCUACCGUUGCAAUCGCUCCACCAAUUUGGUUCCCGGUCGGACAAUUACAUAACUCGAAGAAGACACAAUGUCGCAGGCUCCCGUUCGCGUUUCCCCGCUGAUUAAGUUCGGAAGAUGGUCCCUGCUCUUGGUGGGCAUUGCCUAUGGAGCAGCACACCAGAGCCGCCUGUCCAAAAAGGAGGAGAAGGUGCGUGAGAUCGAGGCACAGCAGAAGGCCGUUCGGGAUGCCAAACUCGCCGAGGAGAAGAAGCGCAGUGCCGAGGCUGAAGCCCGUGCUCUGGCCGAGCUCUCGAAGCCCACUCCCAAGCAUUAGGAUCCUCCAGGAUGCAACAUCCUUAGUUCCUUAGCUUUAAAUUGAUAAACAAAAACAACCAACAUUUACACACGAAAUUCGCCUGGAAAGAGGAGGAGCAGGAUCGCCGAUAGUGGAGCCUCCAUCUAUCGAUCACUGACUAUCGAUCGUUCUUGUGUUUUCCUCUUACGUUUGUGCAUAAACAGAAUGUUCGCAAUUAAAUGAUUGAAACAAAA